AUGUGGAUAAAGAAGCGAAGCGGUGCUAAAGUCUGGCUACUGCUGCUCGUGUUGUUGCUGGUCCAAGAUGGCAGAUGUAUAAAAUGGCUCGGCCUCGGUCGCACAAGCGACACGCAUACGUGGACCAGAGAGGCGUGCACCAGUGCGAAGAGCGCGGGUCUGUUGGAGAGGAAACAAGCAAGGGCAUGCAGAGCUGCGCCGGAUGUGAUGCCUGCCUUGGUACAAGCCGCUAAAGAUACGUCAACGGUAUGCCAGCAGGCCUUCAGACAUCGCAGAUGGAACUGUAGCAGCAUCGAGCGCGCGCCUGACUACACACCUGAAUUACUUACAGGAACGCGAGAACAAGCCUUCGUCUAUGCGAUGUCGGCCGCCGCUGCGGUUUGGAGGCUCGCGCGAGGAUGCGCUUUGGGGAGCUUGGCGGCUUGUUCUUGCGCGACUCCACCGCGAAGAGAGCCACCCUCGCCAUCCGCGCUUAUUUCGCCCUCAUCUUUCACUACCAUGUCCGUCUCUUUCGACACGCUGUCCGUAAGGAACUCCUUCAAGUGGGGCGGUUGCGGGGACGAUGUAAGAUCCGCUUCAAGGAUGGCUAAGCGGUUUCUUCAGGGUGCAACGCCGCCUGGUACCGGAGGGACCGCGAAGUUUAUGCACGCGGUCAAUAUGCACAACAAUAGAGCGGGUAGGAGGGCAGUCGAGCAGUCCUUGACUUUGGAGUGCAAGUGCCACGGGGUGUCGGGUUCCUGCAGCGUGCGUACCUGCUGGCGCGGUUUAGGUGCAUCGGGACCAUCCGUCGCCGGAAGCCGUUUGCUACGCAGAUACGCCACUGCGGCAGAAGUCAGGCUGAGAUCUGGCGGCAGAUUGCCGCCUCUGUAUCAUCACGAUAAUCUGCUCUAUACUACCAAGAGUCCCGAUUACUGCUUACCCGAUAUGAAGAGAGGCAGCCUCGGCACGAUAGGCAGACAAUGCAACGGCAGCAGUUCCGGCUAUGAAGGCUGCGAGUACCUUUGCUGUGGCCGUGGCCACGUAACCAGGACUGAACAGAUCUACGAAAGAUGCGACUGCAAGUACAUCAGUUGUUGCUACGUCAAGUGCAAAACAUGCAGUCGGAUCGUGAAGACGUACGAGUGCAAUUAAGAAUAACGCGAAUUGUCCGGGACAAUUGGCGAUGGAGAUGUAAUCCACUUGACGAAGAAAUAAAUUCGCGUGCGUGAGCACGUUGCAAAUUAAGCAUAAAAUUAAUUAAUUAAUUUUGCGAGAUGCGUUCAUAUGAAAGUCCCGAUUUGGGAUGAUAAUUAUUUAGGCGAUAAAUUAUUUACCGUGAACGUGUACGACUCUCUCUCUCUUUGGCGUGAGGGUAUGUAGUAAAAAGAGUUAUUUAUACCGCUACUUGCUAUUUAUUCGAUGUGUGUGCGUGUAUUGCGGCAGAUGAUUGCAAAUAAACGCGUUCAUUCCUGCCGAUUCAGAUUCGCGGAGUUAAAUGUAAAUCGGCGUUAUCGACAUCGAUGUGUUAUCGUCGUCGCAACUUUGAGAACGUAGAUCAGAGCAGUGUACAUAGAAUGCUCGAUAUUUCGAUGUAACCUACAUUUACAUUCUGCAAAUACACGUUGCUUGGAAAUGGCAGCCGACUUUAUCCUUUUUCCUGAUUCUCACAAUAUCGAUAUAUGUACAUACAAUUUGACAUACGUUUGUGUCGAAUGUAUGU